GAGGCUAAUGCUUUCUUAGCCUUCUUACGUUUCCUUGAACUAACCCUACCGGGGGCUCGAAAUUCCGACUACGAGACGCCAUGAGCAGCUGCACAACAGAGAACGACACAAACCUAGUCCUCAGUCCGUUCCUCCCUCAUUUUAUUUCUCGCUGGGAAUACUACACCUACACGUCAUUCGUCUGUGCGAUCACCGUCGUCGCCACGACUCUCUGCUUUCUCACUCUGAUGGUCGCCUGCCGUUCGCCCAAGACGAGAACCGUCACCAACAUGUUUGUCUUCAACCUGGCUGCUAUUUCUCUACUGGGAGGUACGACGGCGUUCGUAUUUUCAAUCGUUUCCAUGAUUAUUAGCGCCGUCGACUACUCUCCGCCACAGUCUUUCUGUAGAGUGGUGCUCUUCUUCUCUCUCUAUCCUCUUUCGGCUGCUAUGUGGGGAUCGGUAGGCAUAGCAAUCGAUCGCAGUGAUGUGAUGACGAGACCCUUAAGUAGGAGACUGAAUCACAGAAAAGGUAGAGUCAUUAUAGCCUUGACAUGGUUUCUUCCGAUGCUCGUCUGUAUACCUGGAGUCGCGGGAUGGGGAGAUAUUGUGUACCAAGCAGAGAGUGACACUGGCGAGAAGAUACUGUGUUACAUCGACCCUGUGCAAUCAUACAGUUUUGUGGUGUUUUGGGCUGUGCUGGGAAUACUCGCUCCUACCGGAUUAAUCAUCUUUUGCUAUUGUGUUAUUAUCUAUAUUAUCAAUAAGAAAGCGUUGACGAGACGGGCCCUGAUGUACGUUGAACCGAUUUCUGGCAGUCAGAUUGCAAACACCCACGCCCACGCUCACUUUAACAAAACUGAAGCUCAGGCGUUUAGAAUCGCUUUCGUUAUUCUGCUGAGCAACGUUGUGUUUACGGCACCGUUUGUCGUCGUUCUGUUGCUGAAGCUCGAUGUUGCUAGUGGUGGUGUACAGGUGGCUCAAAUGGUCACAGUCAUAUUGCUUGACAUUUGCAUUGCAUUAAACAGCUUUCUCUACACGUUUGGCGUAAGAAGUGUUCGAAACGAGAUAGAAAUCAUGUGCCAUUGCAAAGGGAAACGAAUCGAAAGACGACGAUAUUGGACAAAAUCAACAACCUUUAGCCAAACACAGUUUAGUAGAGAAAGUAGUGAAGUGAACGGAGUUAGAAACCUGCAGUUUGUAUAUUAA